UCAGUCUUUUGCUGGCUUUCAACGUUGUCGGUUGUCGUCAAUUUUUCGUGGCCAACUCGAUAAUUCUUUGAGGCUAUUUUCCUCGCUGCCCGUGGCUUGUUGUCGCUGUUGUUGUUGUUGUUGCUGCUGUUGUUGCCGCUGCUGCUGCUGCUACUUUGCGUUGCACGUCGUCGUCGUCGUCGUCGUCGUUGUUGUCGUUGUUGUCGUCGUUGUCGCGCUCCGACCUCACACCCAAAAGGCAGAACGUGCCGCGAACGAACGCGUGUGUCUGCUGCCUAGGCUAUCUCUGCCUAUUGUGUAUAUGGGUGUAUGUGUGUGUGCCACAGCCUGUGAGCCUGUGUGCUUGUGUCCGUGAGUGCGUCUUUCUAUGUGUUAUGUGCAUGUGUGUGUAAGCAAAUGUUGAAAGCAGCAUGGCCCGAAAAGACAGCACUGAAAAACGUUGCAUACUUUUGGGCGCACCGAAUAAUGAUUUUUGUGUGCCCGCUGCGUGUGUGAAAAAUACGAAAUACAAAUAAAACACACAACACAACACAGCACAAAGUACGAAAAAAAAUAAAGUAAAGAGAAAAUGCGAAUUACAAAUUGAAUAAUCGAAAGUAAAAGGAAAAUCCAAUAAUUGCAAGUGCUUAAUGCAAAUUAAAAGCAACAACAAAAAGGGAAAAGGAAAAGCUUCGAAAUGAAAAUGAAAAUAUGCAGGCAGGCGAAGCGACUACGCUGAAAUACAAAUCUGACAUUGGCAGCAGCAGGCACGCACACAAACACACACACACACACACACACACACAGAACACUCACAGUACACACAUUCACACACAUGCAGAGGCGACAACAGCCUGCGUCCUGUGCCCGAAAUUUGGCCGAUGAAUGAACUGACAUAAAACUUGACGAGCAUAGCUAACGCAAGCACACCCACACACCAACACAAACAAACACACACAUACACAUUAAACACACAAGCUCUCGCACACAGUCAACAUUUAAAAGCAUAUAAAAAGGCCAUUUUCAUAGAUUUCCCGUUGUGCCCUUGUCAAAGCAAUAGAAAUAUCGAAACCGAAAUAGAAACUUGUCAUUUUUGGAACGUGCCGCGCAUUUCACACACACACAAAAACCCAUAAUCUCACACACAGCAGUUGAAAAUAAAACUACAAGCAAAAAAAAGAAGCAGACGAAAACGAAACGGAGAGAUAUACGAGUGAGAGAUAGAGAAACAUCAAAACGGAGCAGGUGAAAUACAGGUGACGUAAAGAAGAGUCAGAGAGAGAGAGAGAGAGACAAGAAAGUCAGCGCCGCUGGAGGCAUCAAAUUUUGCACGCCCAGGAGACGCAACGGUGAUGUGGGACACAUCCCGCAACGGGCGAUGCAACAACCCCAACGUUAUAUACCGUCUGUAUCUGAUCUAUAUGGCACGGACGAGAUAGAACUGCUGCUGGACGAGAUACGUGAGCUGGAGCUGGAGCCGGUCUGCUGUCAGCUGGACGAUGAGCAGGACUUUGAAAUAGCUGGCAGCAGGGCCGGCGAGCUCUCGCUAUCCCUUGAAUCGCCAUUGGGCACAUGCACCUCAUGGGAUUCCCAUGCCAACUACAAACAGCAACAACAAACGCCGCUGCCAUGGGGCGUUGCCCUACACUGUGAUCCGCAACACUUGAAAACGCCUACAGGGAUUGUGCGCAUACUAUUGGUGUUAUCCUCGGCCGUCUGCCUGGCCUGCGAAUGCUCCGCGGGCACAGUCCAGGUUGGCCUCUUUCUACUGCCACUCAUCGGACGCCUGAGGCUGAUGGUCUUCUGUGCGCUCUUCUCGCUACUCAUCACAUGCCUCAUGAUCUUUCUCGAUAUAUCGCAUAUAGCGCUAAUGUUCCCAUUCAACUGGACGAAAGUGAAUACGUGGAUGUACCUGAGCAUUGGUUUAAUAUUUAUUUUGAGCUCCACGCUCCUCGUCCACAUGGUGCUGUAUGCGACUGAGUACACAUGGGUAUCCAAGCACUCCAGGGACACGCUCCUAGCGACAGGCCUGAUUGGCUAUAUAUGCGCCUUGGAGGCGCUACUGCUGUCGGGCAUCGCCUCGUGGCCCUGGUCGCAGUAUCGACAGGUGCCCGACGAUGCCAGCGAGCUGUUCAUCGAGGAUCGCGAGAUGACGCCGAUGAGUCCCAUUAAUAGCACCGAUCUGCAGUUGCAGCCAGAGUCGAAUCACAGCCUGGCGCAGUAUCAGCACAGCAGCCAAACCAACGGCAAUGCAACGGCGGCCGAUGCAUAUAACCAACAACAAUCGUCCUAUAAUCAAAAGCCUUAUAUACCUGCCAAACGACCCAAUGAGCUGAACCAGCGUCCAACAUUGGGUCACACACAAACCGCACGCAUUAAACCGAAUCAGCGUUAUCGCGAGGGCUAUCAUUACCAACCGGUUGCGUCAACGUCCCGCCAGAGUCCCACAUUCGUCGUAGGCGAUGAUCUGGGUGCCGGUCCAUCCACGUCCCGUUCCAAUGAUAAUUCUAGUGCGUGAUACUUUUUAUUCCUCAACAACAACAACAGCAACAAGAAAAUGAAAUUUAUAUGAUGAUAGUAAAACCACAACUAAAAAACUCAAAUUUUUGUCCACUAUAAAUGUCAGCGAUAGAUAAAAAGUUGAGGUUGCAUUUUGGGUCGCAGAAACAAAACAAAUUGUUGAUUAGUUUAAAAACAAAAAACCAAAAACAAAAUACAACAAAGCAAAACGUAAAGUUGGAAAACGAAAACAAAAACAAAAACCGCAAGCAACAACAAUAAUUAAUUUAAUAUCUGUGUGUGUGUGUAUAAACAAAAAAAAAACAA